UCGGCUGAUAUAUAAUAUAGAAGUUAACUCACAAGGGUUUCCAAAGGCGAACCGAAAUUCAGUUGACUCGAAUCGCACGAGUCGCGAGGAAGCAAAACUAUAGAACGCUGACAAAACCCUCAAUAAGUGAAUACCGCCAUAUAAGUGACUUCGCCUUAGGCCCCGACACAUAAAAACAAAACUCCCAACCGACAUAAUGGCUGCCACCGAUAUCGCCGAGGAGGCCUUCCACUUGCGCCUGGGCUAUCUGAAGCCGGAGACCGUGGAAAUCGCCCGAGUGGAACUCCGGGAAACCGAAGAGGUCAAGGCGGAGGCCAUCCUCAAGCUCCGGGAGCUGCUCAAGGCCACGCCCGAGCUGAACUACAAGGACGACGACGCCUUCCUCACAGUCUUCCUGCGCGCCUGCCACUUCUACCCCGAAGGAGCCCUCGAAAAGAUGAAAACCACAGCCACCUUCCGCAAGGAGUACGCCUCCCUGGUCCGAGGACUCCUGGUCGAGCAGGUGAAGGAGAAGUUCGUGAAGGGCAGUGUGAUCAACGUGCUCAAGAGCUGCGACCAGAAGGGUCGCCGUGUGCUGAUCGUGAACUGUGGCAAGCUCUGGGAUCCCAGCGAUAUCACCAGCGAUGAGAUGUUCCGCAUGCUCUACAUGGUGCACCUUGCCGCCCAGCUGGAGGAGGAGACCCAGGUGAGGGGCGUGGUGUGCAUCAUGGACUUCGAGGGACUGUCGAUGAAGCAGGUGAAGGCCCUGUCGCCGAGCUUCUCCAAGCGACUGCUCACAUUCAUCCAGGAGGCGAUGCCCCUGCGCAUGAAGGAGGUGCACUUCGUGAAGCAGCCGUUCAUCUUCAACAUGGUUUGGUCGCUCUUCAAGCCCUUCGUCAAGCAAAAGCUGAACAGCAGGAUGCACUUCCACGGCAGUGACAUGAAGUCCCUGCAGAAGUUCCUCGACCCCUCCGUCCUGCCCGCCAACUACAAGGGUACUCUGCCCGCGAUCGACUACGGCGGCGUCGAGUGGUUCCCCGCCCUGGAAAAGCAGGCCCAGUAUGUGGCCGAGUGGAGCCAGUUGGGCCCCGCCCAGUGGUGAUUGCCCCAUUUCAAUGACCCACUGACACUCGCAUCCUACUGACAUUAGCUUAACUUUAUGCUUGUAAAUACUUUCAACAUGUGUUUGCUUAGUUCGUAACAUUUUGGCAAUAAACUAGUUACAUAAUACUAUAA